CUAAGAACUGUUAGGUUUCUAUAUUACAAUUGAUACAGAAUGGGUAAGCACAAGAAGACUCAAAAAAUUAAGAAACAAAGGAAUGCUCAGUUAAAACGUUUACUAAAGCCCACGGAUGCACGCCUUAAAGAGGAGUUGCGUAGAAAACGCCCCAAACCAGUAGAUCCUUAUCAGAUCAAAGUGAAUCAAGUCACCCAACAAAGUUCAGCAUUAUUCUUUCAAUACAAUACCCAACUUGGUCCGCCUUACCAUAUUAUUCUGGAUACGAAUUUCAUUAAUUUUAGCAUCAAAAACAAGUUAGAUAUAAUGCAGGGCAUGAUGGAUUGUUUAUACGCAAAAUGUAUACCUUAUAUACCGGAUUGUGUGCGAGCUGAACUAGAGAAAUUGGGCAAUAAAUAUAAGUUGGCUUUACGAAUUAUAUCGGAUUCACGUUUCGAACGUUUGCCUUGCCUGCACAAAGGUACAUAUGCGGACGAUUGCAUAGUGGAAAGAAUUAGACAGCAUAAAUGCUACAUCGUAGCUACAAAUGAUAAGGAUUUGAAAAAUCGCAUACGUAAAAUUCCGGGUGUGCCAAUUAUGUAUGUUGCAUCUCAUAAAUACGCAAUCGAGCGGAUGCCUGAUGCUUACGGCGUCCGGUCGUAGCGUUUUAGCUAUAAGUUUUUUCUACUUUUUUUAAUUAAAAGCAAGGAUAGAAAAUGUUUUAAAUU